AUGUUCCACGAUCCCACGCCGUUGAACGCGAGAUCAUUCUCUCAUGAUACUGGUAUAGAACCAGGCAUUGAGGAAGAACCAACCACUCCGACAAGUGCAAACCCGUUUCGUAAAAGUCGCAAUGGAAGCGUUUCCGGAGAAAUCAAGGGCAAAAUCAGACGUGCAUCACUAUCUAUUAAAGGUAUUGUCCGUCGUGAGCGCAGAGUCUCUGAGUCGGCUGCAGAAAGCAACGAAACGCGCCCUACCACCUCACACUCGACUUGGCACAAAUUGAGACAAGCUGCUAGUUUUCGACAUUCGCGUACUUCCUAUGGCGGCCCCGGUACCCUAGAGACCAUAUACUCCCCUCUCGAAACCGAGUUUCCCAACCGUCCCGUGCCUGGCAACGGCCUUGAGCCCCCUAUUAUUCCCUGGCACACAGGUGCAGCAGCUAAGGCGGCAGCAGCUUUGCAGAACGAGUCUCUCGGUCACGCUCGAUACUACCAAGAAUUGGUCUCGCUCGCCGAGUCGCAAAAUGACCGCGAGAGCGGCAUUGGAAUUACUUUCACUGCGUCUAUGUCUCAACUUAAUAUACAUUUGGAAGAGAGCGCGCCGAUAAUCAGAAAGGAUUUCGUAGCAGAGCUACCCCCUGAGUUAGCUGUGCAAAUUUUGGCUCAUUUAGAUGCUACCCAGCUGGCGGUUGCAAGCAGAGUCUCCAAGCUUUGGCAUAAUAUAGCACAUGAUCAGCACAUCUGGCGACAAUCCUUCCUUAGGGAAAAGACGGGUACAUACGCUACCGGCCGCCCUGUUCAACCUGGAACCGGCUUUGGCGUACCCUCGCUUCGCUCCCAGAGAGACUGGCAGAAGAUAUACAAAGCGCGAGAAGAACUAGAUGGACGAUGGAAGUUGGGAAAACAAGCACGUGCGGUCUUUUUGAACGGUCAUACAGACAGUGUUUAUUGCCAACAAUUCGAUGAAAACAAGAUCAUCACUGGUUCUCGAGACAAGACAAUUCGAAUUUGGGAUAUGCAUACCCUCCAAUGCCGUCUUAUCAUUGGACCGCCGGAAGUCGUAAACGAUUCUUCACUUCUAUUCGACCCGACGGGCCACCCCACACACUAUGCCCUUUUCCCAAAUGAAGCAUCAGUGAGCCCUUCGGUUAGCCCUUCGGUUCCUGUCACCGUUUCAUUCCCAAUUCACCACAGUGCUUCUAUUCUCUGUCUCCAAUAUGAUGACGAAAUAUUGGUAACCGGCUCUUCGGAUUCAAGUUGUAUCAUUUACAAUGUGCGCUCAGGAUAUCGACCGGUUCGACGCCUUAAAUUUCAUACCGCAGCUGUUCUUGACCUGGCAUUCGAUGAUAAGUACAUCGUAACAUGCUCUAAGGACUGUAGCAUCUGUGUUUGGGACCGGGCUACGGGAUCUCUAAUCAAACAAUUGAAUGGUCAUACUGGACCUGUCAAUGCGGUACAACUGCGUGGGAACACCUUAGUAUCUUGCUCUGGAGACUUCACGGUGAAGCUUUGGAAUAUCGACAGCGGCAAGGUGAUCCGCGAACUUGCCGGUCAUACUAAGGGUCUUGCCUGUAGUCAGUUCUCUGAGGAUGGCCGCUUUGUUGCGUCUGCUGGAAGCGAUAAGGUUAUACGUAUCUGGGACGCCAACACGGGUGAAUGUCUUCAAGAAAUACAAGCCCACCAAAGUCUCGUGCGCAGCUUGCAUAUUGACAGCAUUAGCGGGCGUCUUAUUAGCGGUAGUUACGAUACCGAUAUCAAGGUCUUCGACAUGGAAACGGGCCAACAACAGUUAGACUUUCCAGGAUGGCACGCUAGUUGGGUGCUGAGCGCAAAGUCGGACUAUAGACGUAUUGUCAGCACUGGACAGGAUGCCAAGAUCCUGAUUAUGGACUUCGGCGCUGAUGUAUCAGAUAUUAGGAUGCUCGAAAGCGCUCGCAAGCACGAAGUUGCGUGCGAUAUUUGCGAUGCCGGUUUCAUAUAA